AUGGGGUACAGAUGCUGUAAAAUGAUUCAAAGACAUCUCUUUGAUCCAGUUCAACUGCCCUUCCCUGGCUAUGUCAAUGAAGUAAACAGUUGCAAGUUAGAUGAAGAGGAUGCUGUUAAACAGGCAAACAGAGCAGUGAACCACCUUCAGAAUGAGGGCUUGAGGAGAGCCGAGAGAAGCAGUGCUGCAAACAACAUUCACUCAACUCAACCCUUCCUCGAUGGAGGAGGUGCUGGGAAACAGGAUUGUGUACUGCCUGCUUCAAAAGAGACCUUAGUCAUCCCAAACAGAGGUUCUAAGGAGGAAAGCCAUGCCUUGCAAGUACAAAACCACACCAUACAGAUACCAGCCACAUCUUACCCUCAGCUUUGGGGCUCAGUAGGAGACAACAAUGCUCGUGAAGAAAAGGAUUGUCUUUUCCAGAACCACACUAAGGAUGAGCCCCUGGAGAGAAUUCACCCCACGGAAGGGGAACAUGAUUUGAAUACACCCUUCUCCAUGAAGAGAAGCUGGGAAUCACUAAAUGAGGCCCUGACAAUAGAGGUUUUAAGUGUCUACUUUAAGGAGAUGGGUCCUGCUCAUGCUAUGCCUGUGGCUGAUACAAGAAACAGAAGGGAGGAUGUCCACGGCUCCAAUGGAGACUGGUAUGGAAAGACGAUGGCCGAGCACACAGCAGUGGCAGAAGCCCUUGCAGCUUUAGAAGCUGCUGCUGCAGGAGAAGAUGUCAAUGAGGCCUAUUAG